UCCCGCCGGCAGAGGACGCAAAUACGUGGCUUUGGGGUGGGCUCAGAGAGGAAGAGGCUGCGGUUUCGUUUAGCGACGGCUAACUACAUAGCAGUGUUGACAAGAAGUCCGCUCCGUGUAGUGUCUUACUAGUAUUAAAGUUUAACCAGACCGGUUCUUAAGUAUAGUCGUCCGCGUCUCCGCGCUACGCCAAGAUGAGCUUCUUGUUUGGCAGUCGCUCGUCCAAAACCUUCAAGCCCAAGAAGAACAUCCCAGAGGGCUCGCACCAGUACGAGCUGCUGAAACACGCCGAGGCCACGCUGGGCAGCGGGAACCUGCGGCAGGCCGUCAUGCUGCCGGAGGGGGAGGACCUUAAUGAGUGGAUCGCCGUCAACACGGUGGAUUUUUUUAACCAGAUCAACAUGCUCUAUGGAACAAUCACAGAGUUCUGCAGUGAAACCAGCUGCUCUGUCAUGUCUGCUGGUCCUAGGUAUGAGUACCACUGGGCCGACGGCACCAACAUCAAGAAGCCCAUCAAGUGCUCGGCCCCGAAGUACAUCGACUACCUGAUGACCUGGGUCCAGGACCAGCUGGACGACGAGACCCUCUUCCCCUCCAAGAUCGGAGUCCCCUUCCCCAAGAACUUCAUGUCCGUUGCCAAGACGAUCCUGAAGCGUCUGUUCCGGGUUUACGCCCACAUCUACCACCAGCACUUCGACUCUGUGAUGCAGCUGCAGGAGGAGGCCCAUCUCAACACCUCCUUCAAGCAUUUCAUCUUCUUCGUCCAGGAGUUCAACCUUAUCGACCGGCGAGAGCUGGCUCCUCUUCAGGACCUGAUCGAGAAGCUGGGAUCCAAGGACAGAUGAACACACACACACACACACACACACACACACACACACACACACACACACACACACACACACACACACACACACACACACACA